GAAAACGCGCUCGAAAGAACACACCUCAUUUUUAUAUGCAGGUGACAAGAGGAUGAUAAACACUAUAUUUAUUUGCCUUAUCAAUGUAAAUUGUACAUGUUUUUAAUUAAUUUUUAACACAUGGAAGUUGUUGCGAAACAAUAAAGUGAUUAUCGGAAAUUUCGUAAACAUGUGAGGUUAGCUUGUCGGUGUGCUUCUUGUUCUCUUCGUUUGGAUAUAGAAAAAAAGCACUCGUGUAGUGGCUGUCUUUGCGCAUUGCCGUGUGCCGAGGAAUCAACACUGCAUUUAUUCGCCUGGAGUGAAAAAUGCGAGAACUAAAGGAAACUGCUCAUUAGCAAAGUUUUUAAUUAGAAAAUGCAAUUUCCUGGCCAAGAGGAAAAUAGAAUAAGAUUUAUGAUUUAAGUAGCAGUCGAGUCAAAAAAAAAGAAAAGAAAAAGGGGGAAAAUAAAAACAGUGAUAAAAUACUUUGAAAACAGAAUGGAGUUAAAUAAUAUAGGGAACAAUAAAAGUUCCAUUUAUCUAGUGAUACCAUUUAAGAAGCUUUGUCUGGCCACUGUUGCACUACCUCUCGUGAGUUUACUCAUUUGUUUCGUUACAGCGUAUAUAUUUCAACAAGAUGAUAUUCACGAAACACAUUGUCGGGUUUAUAAUGUUCUUCCGUCGAUCUCAGCCAUCACGGGCGUUUCACCUCAGAGGUAUUUGUGGCGAAUUAGCAUAGCUUUACACAUUGGACCACGACUUGUAAUUGCAAGCGUUUAUUACUCUUAUUAUCGAAAAGUACUUCAAACCCUUGACGAUGUUUCUGUGAAGCUCGUUUCCUGCAGACUUUUGAAUGUAUGCUACUGGCUCAAUAUUACCGAAGUUGCCGCUCUCAGCGGCGUUACUUAUAUUUCAAAUGCGGAAAAUUAUGCGGUCCACGAGAAAAUCUUUAUAAUGUUUAUGAUCAGUUCACUGACGUAUAUGUUGACGGCUGUGAGAUUGGGCCGUUUAAUCACACCAAAUGCACAAAGUCUUCAGUACAAACAAGGCCUGUUUAUAACGAGUCUCAUAAGCACUGCGGGCCUUAUUAUCUUCUUUCUGAAGCAUCGACUUUUAUGCCACGAUUUGGCAUUUAGCUGGUUCUCAUUUUGCGAAUACGUGAUAGCUUGCGCAAACAUGGGAUUUCAUAUAUGCGUGGUCUUAGAUUUUCCACACGAGCAACUUGUCGUGGGAAAUGGUCUACCCGCAACGAAGCGAGAUUAACAAAAAAACUUAGGACUAUAAAAACAAAAACAGAAAGAAAAAAACAAAAAUAAUAAUAAAUUAAUUAAAAUAAAAAAUAACGUUCGUUUUCCAAGUGCCUCUUGCCUGCUGGGAAUUCUUCAUCUUUUAAUCAUUGACAACUACCUCUUCUUAAAAAAAAGUGAAAACUUAAAUUAAAAUUCAAUUUUUCCCUUGAUGUUUGGUUUUUUAAGCUCAAAAUUAAAAAAAAUAUUUAGAUUUCCAUGGCUUGACACUAGGCACUGGAAAUGUAUUAAGGCCUUUCAUAAUUUUAUCUAUUUAAUUAAUAAUAUAUUGAUUAUUAAAAAAAAUUGUAGUAACACUAGUAAAGAAGUAUCGCACUUCAAAAAACUGAGAGAGAAAAAAAAGAAAAAUAACGGAAACAUUUUGGGGAAAGAAAUUUCCUUUUUAAAGAAUUAAAAAAAAAAAAAUUACGGAAGACUGUUUGGUGUAAAUGGUAAAUGACGCUUGAAUAUUUUUUGUUGUGAUUUUUCAUUUAUUUAGCAUUAUUAUUCCGUUGUCGUGAAUCCAAAUUUUUACGAAUUAGUUUUGUUCUAUCUUUUUUUAUUUUCUAUUUUUUUUUAUAGAAAAACUAGUCGUAUUUUGAAAAUCUUCUUU